AUGACACUUCAGGCCAUCGAGGAACACCAGAAUAACCAACAAUUGGAUAAAGCUGCUAAGAUUGAACCGUGCGUUUCCCGCUGCCGCGGCGAGCUGCCGGGUGGGUUGACUGGCUACCCAGAGUGCAGCGGACAGGCGGCGGUCGGCACCGAGCUGCCGGCACUUUCCCGGCCCGCCGGCGCAGCGGGAGCCGGGCCCAGACUGCUGUGCGGCCCAGAAUGCGAGUGUGAGAUGCUUCUCUGGGCCCAGGCGGACUUACUCGCUCUGUUGAGGAGAUCGGCCCGGCCCUGCCCGGCCGCCUGCUACCCCUCGCCACCCUCCCCGCGCCGCGGAGCGGCUCUCCCAGAGACUGCGGACCCUGCCCGGGGGGCAUGGAGGCCUUCGGCGGCGCCUCGCCGUUCAGCCCCGCGCUGGUGGGUCGCCUCCGCCAGGAGUACGAAAAGGAAGAAGGUGGAGAGUGAUUAUGAGGCUCUUCAGGAUCGACUCCAUACAUCGCCUAAUAAACUGUCUUAUGAUAUCAUGGUACCUUUUGGUCCUCUUGCCUUCAUGCCAGGAAAACUUGUCCACAGUAAUGAGGUUACUGUUCUGCUUGGGGAGAACUGGUUUUCAAAAUGCUCAGCAAAACAGGCUGUUGAGCUGGUUGAGCACAGAAAAAAACAUGUAAGAAAAGUGUUGGAUGAUUUGCAAAAAGUCAUGAAGAAUUUUGAAUCACGAGCUGAAUUCACGGAUCUGCAGAAAAUGAGUGAUUCUGCAGGUGAUUUUGUUGACAUAAGAGAAGAAAUUGAAGAUAAUAGUAUUGAAACAAAAGGAAAAUAUGGAACUGCUCACAAACCUCACUCAAAGCCAAAAUUAUCAAAUGUUUUUGAGGUGGAUAUUCCAAUGAAUGGAAGUGAUACAAAAUCCAUGGGCCAUUUUCAGUCAGAGGAGGAACUGUGGGCCCACUUGGAAGAGCUUGAGAGACAAGAGCUUCUUGGUGAACCCGACAGGAUGCCUAAUACAGUUGAGACAAAUGGAGAAGAUACAAGCUCCUCUGAAGAGAAAGAAGAUAAGAGGACAGAUCUGAAUGGGAUGUAUAGAGCAGAAGACUGUAUUACUCAGGACGACUUCCAUAAAGAAGUAACAAAUUCAGACUUGUUUGGUGGCCAAUUUAAUGGCUCUACUUAUUAUCACAGUGAUGAUAAAGAUGACAUAGAUGUUGGAGAUAACUCUGUUCCAACUAUUUUUUUCUCUCACACUGUUGAACCUAAAAGGGUAAGAAUAAACACAGGAAAAAAUACUACUUUGAAAUUCAGUGAAAAGAAAGAAGAGGCCAAGCGUAAAAGGAAGAACAGCAGCGGCAAUGGCCAUGCAACUCCAGAGCUGCCUAACAUCAAAACCCCAGCAGACAUUUACCGAAUCUUUGUUGAUGUUGUGAAUGGAGAAUAUGUCCCUCGUAAAUCAAUUUUGAAGUCUCGAAGCAGAGAGAACAGUGUUUGUAGCAAUACCGGUGAUAACAGUGCUGCUGAGUUUGAUGAUAGACGAGGAGUUCAGAGGAGUAUUAGCCGUGAUGAAGCCACUCAGAGUGACAAGAGUGAAAGCAUACUGGAGGAGGAGGAGGAGCCGGAGGGGCAGCAGCAGCAACCGAAAAAGCUUCCACACUUUUCAGGGACAACUAAGGCAUUUUCUGGAACUGUUAUAGAAAAAGAACCUUUGUCUCCCUCCUUAAUUCCCCACCCAGUCAUUACUCACCCUGUCCUGCCUACCAUUCUGGAGCAGAAAUCAGAGGAAGUCUUCUCCAAAGCAUCAGAAGAAACUCCAAAGAGGAUUUCAAAAUUCAAAGCUGCCAGGAUGCAGCAGCCCAGAUAGGUCCUGCCCAGCCAACCAGAGAUAUCUGGGCGUAUUUGUUGAAACUAUGUAGACCUGUAUGUGUGACACCUUGCUCCCUAAAAGAGUGUCCUCUUGUUAAUUUGGCAUCGGUUAUCCUUGAAACAUUUAUUGGUAAGUUUAAAAAAAAAAAAAAAGGUUCAGUGUUUGAACACUUGAGUUUUCAUCUCGGUGGGUUUCCCUGUGUGCUGUCACCACCUUUGUGUAUGUUCGCCUUACAAGAGCAGCACUUGGUUUCUUUUUCAAAAAACUGUUCCUUGCAUACACUGUUUUCAUAUUUAAACAUAAAUACCGGCAGUUUAGUGCCAGAUGUGAUGUUCUACAUACCAUAUGGACCAUUUUAAGGAAAAUUUUCACAUUUCAAAUAGAUUCAUCGGUUAUAUUGCAUUACUUUCUUUAGCAUUGUAUUCACAUUGCCGUAGGUUUUGCAACUAGGUGUCUGAUGAAAGUUUUUUUCUUCUUUCAAACCUCUCUGA